AUGCCCUUGGAAUUAUUGAGCGCCAUUCUAUACUCUGACUUCUGCGAGAACAAAUUUGACAAAGUCCGAGACACUUGGACCGCUAUCUGGGAUGGGGCGCGCAAAAUAGCAACGCCACCAGGCGGUAAGCCUGGUAUACUGCCCAGAUACCAAUACGUCCUGGUCGAUCCUCUCAAGACGAUGCAGCGAAUGUUCGAAGCGGAGAAAAACCCCGAUGGCCUUAUCGAGCUCGUGUCAAUGGUGACCUCGGCGGGUUUCAAGCUUGAUAACAAGAAUUGGAACUUCUACGUCCAGGCGCUGGCAAGGCUGAAGCGAUGGAGAGAAGCCUUCGACAUCUGCGAGGAGGUUCUCAUGCCCAGAUGGACGGGUUGGUACCUCACACGCCGAAAGCAGCGCGUCAAGAACCGACUGCCUCUGGAUCUCCGCCGCAUAGGCAGCUCUCGGGAGUACCUCCGGCCCAUCGCGCACACCAUGUUCGUCCUGGCCAAGGAGUACGGCGAGAUCGAGCAGCUGGCGCCGUGGUCAGUGGAGAACGGCCGCGUGCUCUCCGGGAUCGACGAGCACUGCCCGAGGACCGUGGUGGCCAUCAAGUCCAUGAGACGCACGGGCUCCGAAGCUGAGGAGACCAUCUUCUCGGAGUUCGCCGGCGACCUGGGUGGCAGGGCGAGUCGCAGACGGUCCUCGCCCUGGGACGAGGACGACCGCGCACCUCGUAAUGUGGAGCCCGAUCUCCAGGGACGGCCCAGAGAGCCUCCGCGACGAAUUCUUCAAGAGCUCUCCGCAGCCGAUGAACAAAUAGGCGCACCCAUGGAGAAGAAGGCAAAACGGUCUUCUACGAACGACGAUCUUUCUGCAGAUGACGAGGACUUCUUGUCCAGGGGGCUCGGGUCCUCAGGCGAGGCUCGUCCUGGCAAGGCGAAAACGCCACAGUAUGAUAGAUAA